AUGGCGAGUUGCUUCAGCUACGUUUCCUCUCGUAACAAAUGUUACCAACACAGCUUCUCUCGCGCCGGUCUCCGAUCAUCCACCUCCGAUCUCGGCGAGGGCACCGUCGUCCACUGCUGGGUCCCACAGACCCACCUCGACUCCAAGCCCACUCUCCUCCUUCUCCACGGCAUCGGAGCUAACGCCAUGUGGCAGUGGAACAAGUUCAUCGACAAAUUCAUCCCCCGCUUCAACGUCUACGUCCCCGACCUCAUCUUCUUCGGCGACUCGCACACGACUCGCCUCGACCGGUCCGAGUCGUUCCAGGCGAGUUGCGUCAUGAAGGCGAUGGACGGCCACGGCGUCCAGACCAUGACAGUGGCCGGUCUCAGCUACGGCGGAUUCGUGGCCUACUCCAUGGCGGCGCAGUUUAAGGAGAGGGUUGAUCGGGUUGUGCUAAUAUCCGCCGGUGUUGCUCUGGAGGAGAAAGACAUGGAGGAAGGGAUGUUUCAAGUGAAUAACACGGAGGAGGCGGCGGAAGUUCUGUUCCCUCAGACUCCGUCCAUGCUCCGGCGACUUCUCCAGCUAACUUUCUACAGGCCUCCCAUUUGGAUCCCUUCUUGCUUUGCCAAGGACUACAUUCAUGUGAUGUGCGGAGAUUAUCUUCAAGAAAGGAGAGAACUUGUGGAAACUUUACACAAGGGUAGGAGAUUCGAAAAUCUUCCAAAGAUAACACAGCCUACAUUGAUGAUAUGGGGAGAGGAAGACCAAGUUUUUCCAGUGGAAUUGGCAUAUAGAUUGCAAAGAUACUUAGGGGAAGACAGAGCAGAACUAGUGCUGCUGAAGAAGACAGGACAUGCGGUUAAUGAAGAGAGACCAAGGGAGAUGUGCAAAUACAUGAAGUCUUAUCUUUUCACAGACGAAACGAUUCCUCCAAAUGCUAAUAGGAGUGAAAUGGCGCUUAUACAAUUUGGAAGCUCAAGUGUUGCUCAAUGGGGGAUUCUUCGUCCUCAGUUUGCAGUAAAAGCUUCUUAUUAUCCAAGCAGAUUGGAAUCUCACCAAGACAACAAUUCCUUCAGCCAAAUCAAUUGUUUGGGAGCUUCAAGGUCGAGUAUGUUCUCAAAUGGCUCCUUGCCCUUCUUGUCCCUGCCAGGACAAUCCCGGAAUACACAUUCUCGUAGAGGAGCUCGCUUCACUGUUAGAGCUGAUACUGAUUUCUAUUCUGUCCUUGGUGUCUCGAAAAACUCAACCAAAGCUGAGAUUAAAAGCGCUUAUCGGAAGCUAGCUAGGAGUUACCAUCCGGACGUGAACAAGGAUGCUGGUGCAGAAGAUAAAUUCAAAGAAAUUAGUAAUGCUUAUGAGAUCUUAUCAGAUGAUGAGAAAAGAUCUCUAUACGACAGAUAUGGCGAGGCAGGAGUUAAAGGCGCUGGAAUGGGAGGCAUGGGGGAUUACAGCAAUCCGUUUGAUCUGUUUGAGUCACUAUUCGAAGGAAUGGGAGGAAUGGGAGGUGGAAUGGGUAACAGUAGAGGUUCAAGAAGCAGAGCUAUGGACGGUGAAGACGAGUAUUACUCUCUAAUCUUGGAUUUCAAAGAAGCUGUUUUCGGUAUCGAGAAAGAGAUUGAGAUAUCUCGUCUAGAGAGCUGCGGGACUUGCAAUGGCUCAGGUGCAAAAGCAGGAACCAAACCUACCAAAUGCAAAACCUGCGGUGGUCAAGGACAGGUGGUAGCAUCGACGAGGACACCACUCGGCGUAUUCCAACAAGUCAUGACUUGCUCUCCCUGUAACGGCACAGGAGAGAUUUCAAAACCAUGCAGUGCUUGCUCAGGAGACGGACGCUUGAGAAGGACGAAACGGAUCAGUCUUAAGGUUCCUGCUGGUGUGGAUUCCGGUAGCAGGUUGAGAGUGAGAGGAGAAGGGAAUGCAGGGAAGAGAGGAGGAUCAUCUGGAGAUCUGUUCGCUGUUAUUGAGGUGAUUCCUGAUCCGAUCUUGAAGCGGGAUGAUACGAACAUACUCUACACUUGCAAGAUAUCGUAUGUGGAUGCGAUCUUGGGGACGACUUUGAAGGUUCCGACUGUUGAUGGGAUGGUGGAUUUGAAAGUACCGGCGGGGACACAGCCGAGCACGACGCUGGUGAUGGCGAAGAAGGGAGUUCCGGUUUUGAAUAAGAGUAAGAUGAGAGGUGAUCAGUUGGUGAGAGUGCAGGUUGAGAUUCCAAAGAGGUUGAGUAAAGAGGAGAAGGUACUUGUUGAGGAACUUGCUGAUAUGAGCAAGAACAAGGUAGCUAAUAGCAGGAGAUAA